AUGCGUCGGACUACAUCGUCCUUCAAGAAUUUUCUGCUGCGGCAGCGUAGGCCCGCCCCUCCUGUGGCUUCUCUUUGCUGCCCAGUCCCUAACAGAUCUUACGCUUUUCAACACGGCCAUCGUCCGGUUUCCUGGACGGAGCCAGGCCAUAAAAAGGAUAUAGCACGAUCCACCUCAACAAGAAAACUGUGCAGGGGGCAAAAAUACUACAGCGUUGUGAGAGCUCCUGUGAAAGUCCCUUCCGACUUCGCUUUCGCAUUUGACAUAGACGGCGUGCUCCUCCGAUCCUCGACACCCCUCCCAGGCGCCUCGAGAGCCCUGCGAUACCUGGAAAAUAACUGCAUACCCUACAUACUAUUGACGAAUGGCGGCGGAAAACUCGAGAGCGACCGAGUAAAGGAGUUGAGCGAGAAGCUUGAGGUUGAAAUCAAGGAGGAUAUCUUCGUCCAAUCGCAUACUCCAUUCAAGCAGCUACUUGAUACGAGUGGCUAUCUAUCCAAGAAUGCGACUCAGCUCAGCAAAAAAUCAACCAUACUGGUGACUGGUGGCCACGGCGACAAGUGCCGCAAGGUGGCAGAAUCAUACGGAUUCGAGAACGUAGUCAUCCCAGCAGAUAUCCUGUCGGCGUAUCCAGACAUAUGGCCUUUCAAUCAAGUCUUCACAGACUACUACCGGACCACAGCGCGACCGCUCCCCAACCCGUCCAAACCACUCAAGAUCGACGCCAUUUUCGUCUACAACGACCCCCGCGACUGGGCACUCGACUCGCAGCUCAUUCUCGAUCUCAUCCUCUCCAAAGGCGGCGUCUUGGGCACCAAGUCAGAGAAGAACGACGACAGGACCCUCCCGAAUUCCGGAUAUCUGCAAGACGGCCAGCCCCACGUGUACUUCUCCAACCCGGAUCUUCUCUGGGCGGCAUCCUACCACCUCCCGAGAUUGGGCCAGGGUGCGUUCCAAGCUGCGUUGCUGGGUCUCUGGCAACAGUACACAUCUAUGAAUUCUUCCCACGACGGAGCCCAACUCCACCACACGGUGAUCGGGAAGCCAUCGCGCAUCACCUAUCAGUACGGUGAGUGCGUGCUCCAAGAACGCCAUGCCGCAAUGCUCGGGGGCCGUCACGGCGGCGGUACUGCUGCUGCAAGCCUGAAACGGGUCUUUAUGGUCGGCGACAACCCGGAGAGCGAUAUCCGGGGUGCGAAUAGCUACAAUCUGGGCCGUGCUGGUGGCGGCGAACAACAACAACAUGGCCCUGCUUGGUCUAGUAUCUUGGUCAAGACGGGUGUCUAUCAGGAGGGCACAAUCCCGGUGUAUAAGCCGGACGUGAUUGUGGAUAAUGUGCUUGAGGCUGUCAGGUGGGCACUGAAGGAGCAGGGUUGGAAAGAUGAGAUUAGAUAG